AUGGAGAAAACAAAGGCCUAUAAAUGUUUAGGCACUGAAGACCCAUUACCUGAUUUGAUUCGUCGGACUAAUAAAUACUUAUUAGAUUUAAGAUUAGCCAAGUGGAUUACCCAAAAACAGUAUGAAAAACUUUGUAUUAAUCCAAAUGAAGUUGAACUUGCUCAUUUAUAUUAUCUACCUAAGGCACAUAAGCCUGGUACUCCUCUUCGUCCAAUUAUAUCUGGUCUCAAACAUCCUGCAAUUAAAAUUUCAAAAUUCCUCGACGAAUUACUUCGACCUUUAUUUGAUAAGAUGGCUGCAAAAACAACUGUAAAUUCUGGCUUUGAAUUAGUCAAACAGUUGCAACAAUGGUCAAGUAUUAAUAUACGUCAAGAAACUUUAUUUUGUACAAUUGAUGUGACAGACCUUUAUACUAUGGUGCCACAAACUGAAGGAGUACUCUCCUUAAAGAAAAUGUUAGACCACUUAAAAUUAAAGCAAGUUGGGGGUCUUAAAAUUGAAACAAUAAUUAGAUUAAGUCGAUUUGUUAUGCAAAAUAACUAUUUUUCUUAUAAAGGUCAAUAUUAUCAUCAAAUUCGUGGAGGAGCAAUGGGUUCUCCU